UUUGUCAGUGUCAAUUUAGGAGUCUACAAUGUCACAAUUUCAAAUUCACGAAGAUGUGGAAAAUCGGGUUGAAGGUAAAGUAAGAAAAGUGCCGGGCCGUAAACAAAAAGAAAAUACUUUUAAAACCAGUAAUGUGGAAAACAAGGUGCAUUUUCGAUCAUUGACAAAUGGAGCGGUCAGGCCAAAAAGAAAACGGGAUGAAUUAAACGAAAAUUUGGAUAAAAAAAAUGAGAUGAAGCAGGACCCGAAGAACCAACCACUCGAAGAGGUUGAGGUAAUUGAAAUAAUCGAGGAAUCGUAUAGCUGCUCAAGCAACCCAACCACCUGCGAGGACUAUAGAAAGGAUAUAUGGAAACACUUAUACAAACUCGAAAUAAUGAAUCCGGGCCCUAAAUCAAGUUACAUGCUAAAACAGUCGAACUUAAAUUGGAAUACGAGAAGUAUUCUUGUGGAUUGGUUGGCUAGUGUCGUGGACGAGUACAACCUGUGCAAUGAAACUUUCCAUUUAAGCAUCAAUUACAUCGAUCGAUUUUUAUGCCACAUAUCGGUGGUGAAAGAAAAAUUUCAAUUAGUCGGAGCUGCCGCUAUGUUGCUAGCUGGAAAAAUGGAAGAGACUUACCCGAUUGUACCAAAAGAGUGGCCUUACUUGACUGGUGACGCUUUUACGUUGAGGCAAAUUUUGAAAAUGGAACGCCUCGUCGCCAAAGUGUUGCAGUAUCGCAUGCAGCCACCUACCAUCUGCACCUUUGUCGAACACUUUUGCACCGAACACAAAUUGGAUGUGAAAACUUUAUACCUUGCGAUGUACAUCAGCGAUUUAGUGCUUCUGGAAGGCGACGAAUAUCUAAACCACUUGCCGUCAAAAUUGGCAGCCGCCUCCGUCGCUCUGGCUAGGUAUAUCUUGAACAAGGAGACUACGUGGCCCAAGAAGUUUAAAGAAACCACCGGGUACACUUUGAAGCAGCUCAGCCCAGUCGUCGAGAGACAGCAUCGAACUUUUAAGAAUUCCCCGAUCAAGAAGCAGCAAGCUAUACAAAGUAAAUACAAGAGCGACAAGUAUGAAAAGGUCGCGCUUUUGAAACUGAAACCGUUAGCUUUGAAUUUCCUUAAGGACGAAUGAAGGGACUUUUGGGAAACUAAAAUAGUGAAAGGUUUUACUACAGUAUAACGAAGUUUGGCAAACGAUAUCCCUAACAAUUUUGUUUUUGUAUUUUGUUAAUAUAUUAUUUAAAGUUCUAUGAUAACCAUAUAGGACUGUUUUUACUUGUUUAUUAAAAUCUAUUUAAAAUAGCACGUUGAACGAGAAUAGUCGUAUUUGACGUUGUACUUGUGUAUGCUAUGUGUACUUAUUUGAUUUUAUAUUUUAUUAAAUUUCCCGCUCGCAUGCAAUGUGUCAAUAAAUUUUAUUCAAUUAC